UCUAGCAACAGCUAUCAGCCCAGACAGCCGGCGGCAACGGGAGCGGUAUUUCUCGGUGUGUCUUACCACGAUUAUUCGCUGCCGGGUUUUCAUAAUUAAUAGUCGCUUGGCUGAAAAUAGUGAAAAAACAACCCUGACCCCUGCACAGAGAUAUGAGCGGCAGCGGGCGGCCCAGGACCAGCUCGUUUGCUGAGCCGCCAGGUGUUCCAGGAGCCGCCGCUGCGUCCACCGGAUCAGCCGCUGCCGUGGGGAGCAGCACAGGAAAGUCCGGGGUCCCGCAGGCCUCCGGCACCAGCUCGUCGGGAUGCCCGAACCUUAAGCUUGGCAGAGACAGUGGGAAGGUGACAACAGUUGUGGCCACACCAGGUCAGGGACCGGACCGCCCACAGGAAGUCUCCUACACUGACAUCAAGGUGAUUGGUAAUGGCUCAUUUGGUGUUGUGUACCAAGCUCGGCUCAUCGACAGCCAAGAGAUGGUGGCCAUCAAAAAAGUUCUGCAGGAUAAGAGGUUCAAGAAUCGGGAACUACAGAUCAUGAGGAAGCUGGACCACUGCAACAUUGUCAGACUUCGUUACUUCUUCUACUCCAGUGGCGAGAAGAAAGAUGAAGUGUACCUCAACCUGGUGCUGGACUUUGUCCCUGAGACGGUCUACAGGGUUGCCAGGCAUUUUAACAAGGCCAAGAGCAUCAUUCCCAUAAUAUACGUGAAGGUGUACAUGUACCAGUUGUUUCGCAGUUUGGCUUAUAUCCAUUCCCAGGGUGUGUGUCACAGAGACAUCAAGCCCCAAAACCUGCUCGUCGACCCAGAAACUGCCAUCCUCAAACUGUGUGACUUCGGCAGCGCCAAGCAGCUGGUCCGUGGUGAACCCAACGUGUCGUAUAUCUGUUCACGGUAUUAUCGGGCCCCUGAGCUCAUUUUUGGUGCCACAGAUUACACAGCAAACAUUGAUAUCUGGUCAGCAGGCUGUGUACUAGCUGAGCUGCUGCUCGGACAGCCCAUAUUCCCUGGUGACAGUGGGGUGGACCAACUAGUAGAGAUAAUCAAGGUGCUGGGAACACCAACAAGAGAGCAAAUCCGAGAGAUGAACCCAAACUACACAGAAUUCAAAUUCCCUCAGAUCAAAGCUCAUCCAUGGACCAAGGUGUUUAAACCUCGCACCCCUCCAGAGGCCAUUGCUCUCUGCUCUCGGCUGCUGGAGUACACACCGGCCUCACGCCUCUCCCCACUAGAGGCCUGUUCACAUGCCUUCUUCGACGAGCUGCGCCAGCCCAACACACGACUGCCCAGCGGCAGAGAAUUGCCGAUGCUCUUCAACUUCAGCACCACAGAGCUGUCAAUCCAGCCCCAUCUGAACUCAACCCUCAUCCCUCCUCACGCUCGCUCUCAUACAGCUGCUUCUGCCCACGAUGGCACCGGUUCAGAUUCAUCUCAACACAGUUCAGUACCAGGAUCUCUUAACAGCAUCUGAAGCAGCUUCUCACCUGUCUGCCUGCCAGCCUCACCCUUAUCUCAGACACACACACACACUCACACUCUACUGCUUUCCUCCAUGCUGCUUGCUCUCCUCUUAGAUGAUCUGUUUUUGUACAGUAAAUACAUUGAACAAACUAUUAGUUCUGUAGCUGCCAGGGUUGAAAUUACGGCAGGUCACACACACAGUCGUCUCGCUGCUGCUCGGGUGGUAUGAAGGUUCAAUAGUGGGGGCUGGUCCUCUGUAAUAUAAACCUUUUUUAAUCAACAUUUUUUUUUUUUCCUUUUUCUUCUUUAUAUUUGUGUUUAUUUAUUUGAGUAAUUGAAAGCAUCAUGUGAUCACACAACUGGUCUCUAGUUUUGUUUUUUUUUUUUCCACCUCAGAUAAUUUCUUUUAAAUUAUUCUUCCAUGUUUUAAAUCCCUGUUAGUAAAGGGUUGGACUGAACACUGCCUGACCAAGACUAGAACUGUCCCUAAGUAGUUCAUCAGGGUAAAGGUAAUUUUAUUUAACUCAGGGCAGGAGAACAGAUGUGGGGACUGAUGAAUUCAUAAAUCACACAAUCUGAUGUUUAAGCUCAAAUUAAAUCUCCAGGUCUUGUUAAUUUACCUGCUGAGGAGGCAGAGUAGAAAAACUCUGCAGCUGUAGGUUGCAUUAAUCUGUGUGUGGUUGGAGGUUUGUUGAAUAUCCCUUUGACAUUUGUCAUGUUCAGUGGCUGUGAUUUUAGACUGGACUGGAAAUCACCAGACACCAGCCAAUCACUGAGUACCAGCCUUUGUCUUGUCCCCUGGACCUGUCCACAGUUGUACUUCAUUUAAACUGCCAUAUAAAUAUGAGUGAAAUCGACCACUUUUUAAUAGUGAUUUUAUUUGUACACAUCAGGACAGCAGAGAGGCAUCCAGAGGAAAACUCUUCCUCUUGUUCCUCACCAAUAGAGCUGUGAAGAAAAUGUGACUGGUGCUCCACAAAAGCAAACUGAGAUCUUCAUCUAGAGCCUUUUGAUAUUGAGCAAACAAAGCUGCUUGUUCUCUCUCCUGUCAAGUAAUUAGUUGUGUUCAGUUGAUGAUUAGAUGGCUGUGCUGAGGACGCCACGGUCCCAGAUCCUCACACCAAUAAAAGCUCAGAGGUUCCUUGUGAUCUUAAAUUGAAGAUGAAAACUGAAGCUUAUCUAAUAAACUAAAAAAAAACAUCAGUCAUUACUCACCACAACACUGAUGCCUCUUAAAGAAAUUGUUUGUGAAAUUUAUCUGCUCAAAGAAAUUAAACAAACUUCUGCCCCUUUUAACCAUCUAAAAGAAGAAGCUUUGUUUAUUCCUUUAUUUUACCUUUGAAUGAAAACCUUCUGGUUUCACUGGUGUUACUGUCAGUAACUAGAGGCUGUAAUAGCUGAUCAAAACAGCAGUUUACUGCGGAGCCAGUGGCUGAAUCAAGAAAAGUCUUAAGUUUAUUCCACUAAAAUUUGCUGUAAUUGUGUUCCUUUAACUAAACAAAAACAUUUGUUUUUUUCUUUGUUUUAAUUCACAACUUUCACUUAGCUAUUUGUGCUGCUGGAGGAAAUAAGAAGUCAAAACUUCUCAAUUAGGGAAACUGGGUGCUUUUUAAAAGAAAUUUAAAUCUGAAAUCGGUUUUAAAAAAUAUACUAUUCAUUUUAAAGCCUUGAAAAGUAUUAAAAUGUGGUAAAUAUAGUUACCUGAUCGCUUCCUUUUACAAUUUCAUGUUGUCUUUUUCUCUCUUCUACCUGUUGACAUGUGGCCAUACAGAAUACAGAAACUGAUUCCUUGUUUUAGUCUUAAAAUCUGUUAAUAAAUGUGGUCAAAAACCUAUAUCAACAACCUGUAAGAUCCCCUGAAAAAAUAUUUGCAGAUUAGAAGUAAAAAACAAGAAGUCACUUUUGGUGGAAAUCCCCUCUAGCAUUAAGAUCAUUCCUGUCCCGGUUUCAGUGUAGAGAAAAAUGCUGUCGUACUCAUACACUGUAUGGAAACGAGAAGCGAAUGUGAGUCCUCCCGUUAAUUAGAUAAACUAAACAAUGCUUAAAUGGGAAUGGGAAUGGGAAUUGCAUGUUUUUAAAUAGAGGAUACUUGAUGUAAACAUAUUUAUUUCUUUGUUUUUGGAUGAGAGUUGAAUGUGUGAAUUGUUGACUGAGAAGGCUUUGAAAUAGUGUUGCAGCUUCUUCAGCAAACUUCACUUCUCAUCAGUGGAAAUAAAUGAAAAGUCUUCAGUUUUUACAAGAAGAAGCUUCGUAGAAACAACAGUAACAGGAUAAAUGAACAUGUGCUUCAGGUCAUUAGUGCUGCUGACAUGUAUACACAAGCAUAGUGUAAGAAUCAGGAGUGAAAGGCUAAAUGUUAACAUGAAUAUCAAGCACGGAAACUCCUUUAAGGUGACUGUGUUUUUGUUUGUUUGUGUGCUGUUGUACUUCUAUCUUUACGAGGAGCGAUUCGGAUUUGACCCCAUGAGAGUGACGACUUUUGGCCAAUCCUCACUUCAAAAAGCUGGGACUAAGACGCUUUAGAGAUAAAUUUAGAAGUAAGUUUGGGGGCCCAUAGAAUGUAUCACUAGUAUAGAAGUACAAACUUGUGUGUGUCUGUGUGUGUGUAUGACCAUAUCCCAAACUGCAGUCUGAACAGCCAGUGUUUUAGGAAUAGAGCAGUCAACAAUACAGAUUUUUAGUAAGCAGUACAGACAACUUGAAAGUUUGUAGUAUAGUAUAUUUGAUACUAUUGUACCAUGCCUCCACCUGCUGUUUUACCUGCAGCCAUGUUUGUUUUUAACCCCUUUUUUUAAUAUAAGUGGAAGAGCCCUGAUGCUUUUUUUUUUCUAAAUUCCACCACAUUCACAGUCAUUUUAUAUGAGGAGAGUGGAGAGCGUUUCUUUUCCUUUUUCCUGCCAGCUGCUUCUGGGUUUCAAACUAGCAACCUCCCGGUCCGGUGGGUUACUGCUGGACACGUUCUGCUUUCUUUGCUGAAAAGAGUCCAACCAGCUUGUUUGAUCAUCUCUGCAGGGAGUGUGACACUCAGAGCUGUCAGACUCUGUGGCUAUGAAAAGUGUGUGAGAAAUCCCUGAGAGAAGAAUCAAACAUAGCUGAUUCUUCUCUUCUCCCAGUAUCACAAGCCAUUUAUUUCCUCACUCUCCUUUUCUUCCUCUCUUAUCGCACGUGUAAAUAUCACUGAUUUUUAUUUCCCUCUUUUUACUUUUUAUUACAGAGUUGUUUAUAUCUUAUUUUCCUCAUUCUCUCUACGAAGCAGUCUUUAGUUUGUGCAUUUUUGUAAAUAUGUUUCUUUUUUUUUCACAAUCCAAAAUGUAAAUACUGCAAAGGAAAAAAAAAAGAAGAAAAAAAAAACAGUCUACUCCUCAUGUUUGUUGAUGAUCUUUCUCUCUCUUUCUCUCUCUUGUCCAGUGAAAAUUGUAAAGUAGCCAUUAACAUCAUUGUUACUCAGCUCUCCUGUUCCGCCCUCUGUGGGACCACCCAACUGUUGAAUGACUGUUGUAAGGGUUCUGUUCCAAAAUGUGCUCCUUCUGUCCACUUAGGGGGUAAAUAUAAUAAAUAUAUCACCCAUGAAUUAUGUAAUUCUGUCUGUCUAAAACCUAAAGGACUGAGGCGUGUCAUGUUUGUUCAUUUGAUCCGUGUAACAGCAGCAUCUUGGGUUUGAAGGUGCUCUCUCCCACCUGCCCGUCUGUAUCUGCUUACAGUAUCAUAAAUGCAAAAUCUCUGAAAAGGUGAAACAAGAACAGGGAGGCAGAGUUUGUUUUACCGUAAUUCAAUUUCUUUAUUUUUCUUUCUAUAAAGCACCUCAAUGACUCAGUCACAUUUAACAACCUGCAGCUUCUCCACAAGAGGGAGCUGUUCAGUCUUUAUUAAACCAGUUCUACACUGCACCAAUUACAGGAAACACAUUUAAGAUACAUUUCCAAUUUCCUGUUGUUGUUUUCUUCUUGCCGUAGUAACCUCCUACUCUAUAAUUGAUCAAUUAGAAAACCUCCCUGUGUCUCCACAGUAAUGCAGAGCAAUGUGAGCGCACAGGCUGAAACCAGGUGCCAGUUGACUCAAGUUUUACGUUUUGCAGAUUUAGAAAGUAAAACUUAAACUUGCAUUAACUGAUUUUUUUUUUUGGCCACUUGAUGGCAAUGAGGUGUACAGCAAGGUGUAAACACGACACUGUUGUAAUGUCACUCUUUAAGCUGAUAUAGCAGCAAACGGUUACUUAUUUAUGCAUCCAGUAAAUAUGGAGCAACAUGAUCAUUCAUUUGGAGUCCUGUUUUUAGUCCACCCGAUGAAUUCAAGUCUAAUGUUCACUCUCUUUUAUCUGUCUUUAUCUGUUAAAUACUAUAUUCACCAGCUACAGCUGCAGGUCUGUGUGUUUUCCACAUACUUUUUCUUCUGCUUGUCUUACUGGAACAGAACUCUUUGUGUUGUGACAGAUUGUUAUAUAUGAUUACCGUGCAGUAUUGCGAAAAAUGACUCCGCUGCAGGUCACUGGUAUUUUCAGUCCUGACUUCAGUGAUCUCAACAGUGUUUAGUUGGACCAGAAAUCACAUGAUGAUGUCCGGCUCAACAAGUUCUCAACAUGAGCAUUUUGUCUUAUGUGCUGUGUGGCAUUCAGAAUUGCUGCUAAUGAGCAGAAGAUGGCAGAAAUAAACAUUUGUGUUGUGAAUGCAGGCAGAGCUGCCAGUUGUGUAUGUGUGUUUGUAUCCAGACACGUUUCUGCUAUUAACCAACAGUUUCAAGUAAAGUGGCUCAGAAAUGUUACUUUUCUUUGUGUUUUUAAAACUUGUACGUUAAUGUUACCUCUCUUUAGAUCAACUGAGGGCGAUCAUUGCAGGUCUGUAUAGGUUCUUAACAUCACCUUUUUGAUUUAAUUUUAUACUCCAAUGCUGUUGACGUGGGUCUCCUUCUGCCACGGUGGACUGGUGUGUUGGGUGAUGGAGGGAUAGGAGGAGAAAGAGAGAGAAAGAAACACAAGCCUGUCUGUCUCUGUUCUGUGUGUAUGAUAUGGACUCAUUUACUGUAAUAAAGUGAUGAAACUGUG